UUGUAUUGGACUCACACUUGCGAGCACUCCCGGAGGAUUUGCAAGCUUAGUCGAUCGCCAGCGUCAUCGCCUUCGCCUUUGCUUUGCUUAACCUUCUACUUCUGCUCGCUCGCUGUCUCGGACUCUUCCACCUAGAUCCCGUAUUGUUGCGAGUCCAGCAAUCAGAUGAGGUACAUUACUGGAGGGAGUUAGAUUUAGUGACACUGCAAAACGGGGUGAGGAAAGGAGGAGUGGGAGGAGUGGGAGGAGUCUAGACCGGGGAGUGAGUGAUGGCAGGGGCGGGCACUGCAGCGGGCACUGCAGCGGGCUGCUUGUGAAGACUCCGUGGUAGAAUGGUGAUGUUGAAGCUUUAGUUGGAUGGUGAUGGUGACGGGGAUGGUGAGUGAAGGGAGUUUCGAGAUUUGAUCGGAUCUUGGAUCGUUGCCCUAGGGUGGAUUGCGUUUCGAGCAAUUGCCUCUGUUCCGGGCUUGGGCUUGGUUUAGAGGUUGGAUGAGGUGACGACGACGAGUGUCGGGAGCUGAGUGAGGUUGUUCGGACGAGGAGUGAGAUUGAGCAGUGAAGAGGUGUAGAUCGGGUUUGUCGUCAGGAUGGGGGACAGUAAAGCUGCGACGGAGCGGUUCGUGGGAGUUAUGGAGAAUUUGAUUACAGUCGCGGAGGCUAUGUCGCAAGCCAGUGCUGUGUUGGCAGACCAGGAAGGAGAUGCGACUACAGCGUCGACGUCGUUUCUCAGUGCCAUUGCACUAGGGAAUGUGAGUGCUGGAAAGUCAGCUGUUCUCAACAGCCUUAUUGGUCAUCCCGUCCUGCCGACUGGGGAAAAUGGUGCUACUCGUGCCCCGAUCAUUAUUGAUAUGGAGCGGGAUAAAUCUGGUAGACCUGGAGGGUUGGCAGUUGUUUUGGAAGGAAGAACGCAGAAUGUCUCCGCCAGUGAUAUUAGGCACUCACUUCAAGGUCGUUUGAAGAGUGUCAGUUCUUCCAAGGGAAGGGGUGACGGGAUCCGUCUCACGCUGCGUUCAAACUCAGGUCCUCCAUUGAAGUUGAUAGAUCUUCCUGGAAUUGAUUCUCGGGGAUCCAUUGAUGACUCACCUGCACAUGAUCUGGCUGCCAAUAAUGAUACCAUAUUGCUUGUUGUGAUUGCUGCUACGUCCUGUAGGGACGUGGCUGUGAAUCGAGCUUUGAAACUGGCUCAAGAGUUGGACUCAGAUGGUUCACGAACUAUUGGUGUAAUCAGCAAAGUCGAUCAAGCCGCUUCAGAUCCGAGAAGCUUGGCUGCUGUGAAUGCUCUUAUUUCUGGUCAAGGUCCUUCUAACACUCAGGACAUGCCUUGGGUUGCUCUAAUUGGCCAGUCCGUCUCAAUAGCAGCUGCUCAUUCUAGUUCUGAAGAUCCGCUGGACACAGCGUGGAAGGCUGAAAUGGAAUCGUUGAAUUCUAUUUUGAAAGGUGCCCCACCAGCGAAAUUAGGGCGAAUUGCCUUGUUGGAAACCUUGGCUAGUAAAAUCCAGUCUCGGCUGAAACAGCGUAUUCCAAACCUUCUUUCUGGGUUGGAGGGAAAGUCGCAAAUGGUGAAUGAGGAGUUAGCAAGGCUUGGGGAACUAAGAGUAACCAGUUCAGAAGGCACCGUUGCAGUUGCACUGGAGUUGUGUCGGGAGUUUGAAGAUAGAUUUUUAGCCCAUAUUAACACUGGAGAAGGGCAAGGUUGGAAAAUCGUGGCAAGUUUUGAAGGUGUGCUGCCUAAAAGGAUUAAGGGUCUGCCGCUUGAUCAGAUGUUCGAGAUCAGCAGUAUUAAAAAGUUGGUACUUGAAGCAGAUGGAUAUCAGCCAUACCUCCUGUCACCUGAAAAAGGUUUGAGAGCAAUCAUUAAAAAGGCCUUGGAGUUGGCCAAAGAGCCGGCAAAGUCUUGUGUAGAUGAGGUCCAUCGUGUUCUUGUGGACAUAGUAUCAGCUUCUGCAAGUGGAACUCCGGGGUUAGGAAGAUAUCCUCCCUUGAAGAGAGAGAUUGUCUCAAUCGCCAGUGCAGCUUUGGAGGGAUACAGGAUUGAAGCCAAGAAUAUGGCCGUUGCUCUUGUUGAUAUGGAGCGCGUAUUCAUUCCACCUCAACACUUUAUUAGACUAGUUCAACGCAGGAUGGAAAGGGCUCAGAAACUGGAUACUCUACAGGGAGUGCAGUCAAAGAAAGCUCAAGAAGCCGAGCAAUCCUUGCUGAGUAAGGCAACUGCUCUAGUAAGUACCAAGAAAGAGGAGCCCAAAAAGGAUGCCCCACCAGUGUUGCAGACCAUCGGCGAUAAUUCUGCUGGUUACUUGUUGAAGAAAAGUGACAAGAAUGAGUGGGCCAAGCGCUGGUUUGUACUUAACGAGAAGACGUGCAAGCUAGCAUAUACCAAAAAACCUGAAGAACGAAAUUUCCGAGGUGUAAUUGCUUUGGAGGAGUGUAUUCUGGAAGAUGGUCCCGAGCAGUCUGGAGCUGAGGAGUCCAAUGGCAAAUCAUCCAAGAGUAAGUCGUCAUCUAAUGGAACAUCGGAGAAAGAAGAUCCCACGGCUAGCUUGAUCUUCAGAGUGAGUCAUAAAGUGGCGUACAAAACACUUCUUAAAGCGGAGCAUUCAGUUCAUUUGAAGGCUGAAACCAUGGCCGAGAAGCUUGAAUGGAUGUCCAAGCUUAAAGCUUGCAUUGAUUCGAGCAGUCAAGGCGAAUCAGUUAAAUCUUCCAAGGAUUCAGUUCGGUCAUCUAAGGAUUCGGAUAAUAACUCAUCUGUACGCCCAGGAUCGACUGAUGCGUCCUCAGAUACUUCCACUGUUCUUCGAAGACCUACAGAUCCUGAAGAGGAUUUAAGACUCAUGGCACAGGAAGUUAGAGAUUAUGUUGAGGCAGUUUUGAACAGUCUGGCAGCCAAUGUUCCCAAAGCAGUGGUCCUUUGCCAAGUGGAGAGAGCUAAGGAUGCUAUGCUUAACCAACUUUACAGCUCCAUCAGUAGUAUGGCGACUGCAAGAAUUCAAGAACUAUUAAUGGAGGAUCAAGAGGUCAAGGCGCGUCGAGAGAAGGCCCACAAACAAGCAGCAGCCUUAGCGAAGUUGACCAAGACACUGGGCUUGCAUGAAGCUCGUGCAUCUGCUGCAUCUGUUGACGAUUCAAGCUCGGACUCCAAAGCCGACGGUGCCGUAGAGGGGGCGGAGGAUUGGCGCGUAGCUUUUCAGGAAGCAGCAGUCAGGCCUUCCCAAUCACCUUCACGAUCAUCUAGAAAUGAGUCUCCUAUGAAUGGCCGGAGUUCCCGGAACAUCAACAGCGACAACGGUGAUGUGGGCGCUAGUCGUCGAACACCAGGUCGAACUCCACCACCUCCUCCCCCAGGUAGUGGCUCCAUGUAUAAAUACUAGAAGGAUUUUGGUUUUUACAAAUGGUCCGAUUUAUGUGGAUCUUCUGGAAAAUGCUGCAACUAAAAGAUUUGCGGCUCCUCUAGACUGCAGACAGAACGAGACAUCAGAUUUUUACGUGCAUGGUCUGUAUUCUGUUGCUAGCUUCGUUUUAACAUGUUCAUCAGCAACAGAUACAGCUUAGGUGGCAUUAAUUCUUUUCCUGCUGUCAUGUGGGGUCAAGAGUGGGCGUUGUCAUCGCCAAGCCCUGUGCCGUGUUAUUUCAUUUUGAGCAAACCCAUUAUUUCUUCAUUAUAUAAUUCGCUCCACAUUCAUCUAU